AUGUUGUCGGAAAGGGAAAAUAUUGCCACCGCCGAACUCGCAGUCUACAUACCCUCCAUCGCUCUCGCCAUCGCCAUCAUUUUCAAGCAUGGCUUCUCCAAAGGCAGGCCGCGGAUCUACCUCAUCCUUUUCUGCGGGCUGCGCACAGCAAGCGCAAUUUUGGAGAUCCUCAGCGCCAAGAAUCCGGCAAAUCGUGACGACGCUACCUGGACCGCCAUCCUUGGCUCUAUUGGACUCAGUCCUUUAUUUCUGGUCGCUUCAGGUCUGCUGAGAAGGGUCAAUGACUUCAUCGCCGGUGGCACUUCCCGUACUCGUCUUCUUGAGAUGCUUCACAUACCGAUCAUGCUUGCUCUGAUCCUCUCUAUCGUUGGCGGCACUCGGAUCUCGUCGUCCGACACAUCCAAACUCAACUCCGGAGAAACAUUCGGAAAGGCCGGUGCCAUCAUAUCCCUGAUCUCCUCUGUUGUUAUUGUGGCAUUCGCCAUGCUCGCCAUGGCCGAGUCCCGCGACCUCCCACGGGGCGAGAAGUGCAUCUUAUACGCGGUCCUGGUCUCGCUUUCUUUCCUUGCCGUCCGCCUUCUCUACAGUCUUCUCGCAGACUUUGAAGAUAACAACACGUUCAAUAUCGUUGGUGGGAAUGCAACAGUCCAGCUAUGUAUGGCUAUCAUCCAAGAAUUCGUCGUCACCUUUUUCUUCCUCGUUGCUGAUCUCGUGGCCCCUGCGCUGGACAGUUUGGUCAAUGGAGCUGGUGGUAUUCCCAUGAACAGCUACAAUGUUGGAAAAGGCGUUGCGUAG